GACUUCCAUGCUCGGCGUUUAUAUAGAUGGCUCCUACAUAGUACAUAAUUAUUCUCUCCAACACCAACUGCCUUUUCUCAUUGUCGUUCACCAGACACGUAUUGUCGCCCAACUACACUACAUUAUUUUUUACGAAGCGAGGAGUAUUCUCUCUCGGACUUAGCAGUCAUUCACUCAUGGUUGUUCCCCUCAUUGGACGUCUCAAGGGGCACGAGUAUGCAUCCCUCAUCGGAGGCUUCUUCUUUCUAGUCUUCGAGAAUGCUCUCCGCUUCAUCAUCAUGUUUCUCCCUGCUCCCAUCGUCCGGUGGUUUCACGACCGCUCACGCACCCUCUUUCACCGUUUCUCCGCGAAUCAUGCAAAAGGCAAGUCCAAAGCCGAAGAUGUUGCUGACGCUAUUCGGAAGGCGAAAGAUUUUGGAGAGCUAUGUCAGUAUUGGGGCUACACGCACGAGGAACAUGUCGUUUUGACAAAAGAUGGUUAUUUAUUGGGCUUGCAUAGGCUCCCGACUAAGAGGGGGCAGAGGAAGCGAAGUCCUGGGACGAGCACCGGAAAGCCGGUGGUGUAUUUGCAUCAUGGGUUGCUCAUGAACAGCGAAGUAUGGGUUUGUCUGACAAACGCGGAGAGGUGUUUGCCGUUUGUCCUCGCUGAGCAAGGCUUCGACGUAUGGAUGGGCAACAACCGAGGGAAUAAGUACUCCAAGAAGUCUGUUCACCAUGACCCGAAUUCGGUCAAGUUUUGGAACUACAGCCUCGACGACUUUGCUUGGCAUGAUAUUCCUGAUUCUAUUCAGUAUAUCUUGGAUAUUACCAAGUCGAGCAGCUUGAGCUAUGUUGGUUUUAGCCAGGGCACCGCGCAGGCAUUUGCCGCGCUCAGUAUUCAUCCACAGUUGAAUGAGAAGGUGAACGUCUUCAUUGCACUCGCACCUGCUAUGAGUCCGGCAGGAUUAGCGGCUCCGUUUGUUGAUGGCCUAAUGAAAGCUUCCCCGACAUUGAUGUAUCUGUUCUUCGGACGCAAAGCCAUUUUGUCUUCUGCGAUUACCUGGCAAGCCAUCCUGUACCCACCCAUCUUCACAAGCGUCAUCGACACUUCGAUGCGUUUCCUCUUCAACUGGGACAGUCGAAACAUCUCAUAUCUCCAGAAGAUCGCUGCAUAUGCCCAUCUCUACUCCCUAGCGUCUGUCAAGUCCGUUGUGCACUGGUUCCAGAUCAUGCGCGAGGGUGCAUUCCAGAUGUAUGACGAUGAUGUCAGCGCGUUUGGCUCUCCUGGUGGUCGCGCAUACCGACCUGCGAGGUUUCCGACGAAGAAUAUCGUCACGCCGAUCGUGCUGUUGUAUGGAGACAGGGAUAGCCUUGUUGACAUACAAACGAUGCUUAAAGAGCUCCCGGAUCACACGACUGUGACGCGUCUGGAUGGAUAUGAACAUUUGGACAUCCUUUGGGGGAAGGAUGUUGACAAGGAUGUGAUUCCUGAGGUUGUGAACGCCUUGAAGGUGCACUGCGACUCAUUCGGGAGUUCGGACGAGUUUAAGGAUGGGAUGAAAGUGUUUGAAAGGUAAUCGUGGAGUGGCCGCAACACAACAAGGGGACAUUUAUAUUCAUUUAUAGCGGACGGUUGAACUUAUUCUUUCUGUGUUCCUUCAGGUAUAGAUAUAAAUUUGAUAAUGUAGUACUGGCCGACAGUAAUGGUAUAUAUCUUGACAGUAUAAUAGCGAUAUCGACUGGUCAUGA